CAUAAUCUGUUGUUAAUUGUUUAAAACACGAUGAAGAUAUUUGGAUAUUAUGUGCCAAAGGUAUCCCAUCUUACCUCACCUUACUAUAUAUAACUAUAGAUUUUAUAGACGGUACUGCUUUAAUAGAAAUACCCAACUUCUUAUCGAACUUGCUGUAGAUUGAAAUAGCUCGGAUUUCUUGGAUAUUUCAAAGUCAAUGAUCAAGCAUGAAAUUAGGAAUAACUAAAAUAUUUUUUCUUUUGACUUCAAUUUCUUGUCUUAUCAUGUUUCCAAUCAUCUAUAAAACUCUGACCUAUAGAAGCUUUGUCAAAUACGCUGCAAGAAGAAAAAUACCGAGAUCGACAACAACAACAACAACAACAACAACAACAACAACAACAACAACAACAACAACAACAACGCCCGCUUUAGAACUUUGUCCGAAAACCUCGCCGCUACUGAAAGGCACCAUUACAAUAAAUUUAUCAGAUAAAGAUGGCGAUGAAAGUUGGCCGCCAUCAGAAGAGAAGUUGUUCACUCUGUUUCCCGAUCUAAAAGACGGCGGAGUUUACGAAGGACCAAGCGACUGCAAAUGUCGGAAUAAAACAGCAAUAAUUGUGCCUUUUCGGGACAGAGAACAACAUUUAAGUUAUUUCCUGUAUUACCUGCAUCGAUUGUUACAUCGUCAACAGCUCUGUUACGUCAUAUUCGUGGUUGAUCAGAAUGAUGACAAACCCUUUAACAGAGGAAGGCUGAGCAACGUUGGGUUCAAAUACGCAUCAAAUCUGAGCAACUUUGAUUGUUACAUCAUACACGAUGUGGACAUGAUAGCAGAAGACGAUCGCAUCAUGUAUACCUGCAGAGAUCGCCAGGUCGUACACUACACAUUCCUUCUAAGCAAGUUUAACUACAAUCUGGUGUAUCAUGGCUACGCGGGAGGCGGCAUAGGUUAUACCAAAGAGCAGUUUGAGAAAACAAACGGAUUUCCCAACGAAUAUUACGGGUGGGGUGGCGAAGACGAUGACAUCAACAUUCGUAUCAACGAGAAAGGAUUCGGUAUCUAUCGUUCUCCUGAGCCAUUUUACAGAUUUACGAUGAUUCGUCACGGGAGAGACAGUGGGAAUCCGCCGUACGUAGGAAGGAUGGAAAGACUUGGUAAAGCUCGGCAAAGAAUAGACGUCGACGGAUUGAAUUCGCUCGUUAUAACUAAUUUGAAAGAAGUGAAACACAAAACAUACACUCGAAUAUAUGUUACCUAAACUUUUGUAUUAUUUUUAUGACGUGCUUACCGACCGUGCACUUUUGUUUGUACUUAGAAUCGUUUUUUUCACGCAGCUAUUAAAUGUACUUAUUGCUGUUUGUUA